ACCAAUUCCCACUAUGUUUCUUCUUAAGCCCUUUAUGUACCAGGGCCGCGAUAACUUCGGAAACCUUACUACCUAACCUAACUGUGAGAAAAGUUCACGCAUUAAGUAUAAGGCCUGCAAAUGCCUGGUAUAAUUUGACCCCAGAGUAAUGAUAGGCUGGCCUACUCUUAUCCGAAAGACAGAAAAAAAUUAUUGAUAUAAACGAUGUCAAUAACAUUCAAAAGGCUAUAACGCUAGCAACCGUAUAUACAUAUAGCCCAAGUUACGAUUGUUCUUAGACUAUACAGUAGGCAAACGGUGACCUGCUUUGAGCACGUUAAUAGAUUAGGUGUUGGGCGGGCGGCGGGCGUUGCGUGGCGCCCACCGCCCAGCGCCUCCUCUGUCCGAGCGGGCAGCGCGCGCGAGGGCCAGUCUGAGGCCCGCGCCCUCCGCGCCCGCUCGCGAGCCGCACACCGCCCGCACAUGGCGCGCCCGCACUCACUAACACCUUUGUUAUGGACAAGCGCGCCACCAGCGGCCGGGCCGAGCCCAUCCCGAGCAUCCUCAAGAAACCUAAGGGCCGUCACAAAGGAGAUCUGGUUGACAAGAGCACAAAGAUCAAGCGUGAAAAGGUGGAGGGUUCGAAGAAAGGCGGAGAUGUGAGCGCGCCGCUGCAGCAGGGGUGCUCGCCUCUCAUGUACGCCUGCCAGCAGGCUGACUACAAGGCAGUCGUUGAUAUACUCAAUAAGGACCCAGCAUCGGUACGUGUCCGUGACCGCGGGCUGCGCUGUGCGCUGCACUACUGCGCUUCAAGCGGCGCGGGCGCGUCCCAGGCUGCGCGCGCGGCCUGCGCAGACCGCGUGCUGAUGGCGGCGCCGGCGCUGGCCGACGCGAGAGACGCCGACGGCCUCACGCCGCUACACCUCGCCGUCGUGCAUGGCAACGUGCCGCUGGUGCAGACGCUGCUCGCAGCCGGCGCUGAUGUCAAUGCAAGAGAUGAUGAGCAUCAUACUGUUGUUCAUUGGGCAACUGUAUGCGGUGAGGUGGGCGCGCUGCGAGCAGUGCUUGCAUCCGGCGCAGACGCAGCUACCCCGGACCAGCACGGCGGGUACCCGCUGCAUUACGCCGCGCAAAUGUGCGGGGCCCCUGCCGCCACCGAUCAUCAGAGUAGAGGAGCAGCAUUAGAAGUGUUACGGGCAUUGGUGAAGGAAGGUGGAGCAAGUGUGGACGUGAGAGAUGCUGAUGGCAGAACACCCUUGUUGUGGGCGGCGUCAGCUGGCUCUGCGGCUGCAGUGCUCGCUUUGCACCAGGCUGGUUCUAAGGUUGAUGACGCUGACAGGGAUGGCUUGACAGCUCUGCACUGCGCUGCAGCUAGAGGACAUACGGAAGCUCUAGAAACGUUAGUUGGCUUAUGUGGUGCGCGUGUGGAUGUGGCCGACUCGCAUGGCUGUACUCCACUGCACUACGCGGCUGCGUUAGGACACGCAGAUGCAACAUCAGCUCUCUUGCAGCACGGAGCAGACUCCCACCGACAAGAUAGAAGAGGACGCAGUCCAGCUCAUACAGCGGCAGCUAAAGGGCAAAUAGAAACUGUACGGAUACUCGGUGCUAGAGGGGCCAACCUUUGGUUACGAAAUUCAAAGGGUGAUUUACCUUUACACGAAGCCGUUGCAUCUGGAAGACGUGAAUUGGUAAAGUGGCUUUUAGAUGGUCGGCCAUCUCAAGUGAAUGCUACUAAUCAUGAAGGUCGUACCCCAUUACAUAUAGCAGCAGCUACAGAUAAUGCAGAUCUCUGCCGUUUGUUGUUGGAUCGAGGCGCUGAAGUUAAUCUAGUAGCGAGAUCUUCAAAAAACGAACCACUAACGCCUUUAGAUUGCGCAACCAGUCGGGGGCAUCGAUCUACGGCUAAAUAUCUCCAAAUGCAUGGUGGUCUACCUGCAUCUAAGUUAGCCAAUACUGAAAUUGUAAUAGAUGGAGCGCCAAUUACUGCAUUACCAACAAGAAGAGUCACGAGUACAAAAAUUGAUGUUCAUGAUAGAAUAAGAAUAGAAAAGAGGGAAGUUGUUGAGCUAUCUAGCCCAGUUCAAGAAAGACGAAGAAUAAAAGAUAAAGAUAGUAGUGACACAUCGAAUGAUUCUUCUACCGAUAAUAGAAAAAAGAUGGUGAGGAAGAAGUCAGAACCACAUAGACAUAAAAAUAAUAACCAUAAAGAACGCAGAAAAAGACUCAUGCAUACGCAAAAAAGCUUUAGUGAUGGAUACGAUACUGAAUUUGAGGGAUAUGAAAGAGAAGAUUCACGCGACCGUAAACAUAAAAGUUCGAAGAAAAAUAGGUCAAAGAGUGAACCUUCCAGAAGACAUAGGCGUAGUGCGAAACAUCAUCGUUAUAGAUCUCGUUCGGAUAGUUCUUCAGACUCAGAAAGUUAUUCAGAAAAGAGAAAAAGCAGACGCCAUAGGCGUAGCAAAAGAAAAACUAGCUCACCUUCUGAGAGUAGUAGUUCCGAAUCGAGUGAGAGACGAAGCACAAAACGCAAAGGAAAGAAAACAUCUAUCCAUAUAGAAAAUGAUGAUGAAAAACAGAGUGUUAAUAUAAUUAAAUAUAAAACAACAGAACAUUUACAGGGUAAAGAAAAAAACGAAAAUGUAGUUAGUGAUUUUGAAACGAAAACUGAUGGUAUUAAAUCGGAAAACGACAAAGAAGAAAAUAAGUUAGUAAAAGCAGGUCAAAGUGAGACUGAAACUGAUACUCUGUCAGUCAAAACGAAUAUGAUUAUAACUGAAGCUCAAAUUCAUAUGGAACGACAAUCAAGUCAAUUGGGAAACUCUGAAUUAAAUGUAACAGUUGAUUCUUCAAACAAUGUAUCCAUUGAGACAACCAAUUUAUCGUUGACACAUAAAGACAUGACAGAACAGACCAAACCGGACAGCGAAAAACUAGAGAUUGAAGACGAUGAUAAAGAGGCCCCUAAAGAUGAAAGUGCAGAAGCCCCAACCUCUGAAACUAAAAAAGAACCCCCACCAUCUGAUUUGCCCACCGCAGACCAACAACAAACCUCUAAUGAAAACGAUCAAGAGCAAAGUAAAACUUUAAGCCAAGAAGAUUCUAAUAAAGACAAGGAAUUACCCGAUGAUACUAAAACACAACACGAAUCGCAAAACGAAGAAAUAGAAAAAUCUGAAGCAAAACCAACCGAGAGUUCAGAAAAUAUAAAAUCACCAGCGCAAACUCCAAAAGAUCAAGUUACAGAAAAUGAGUUGAAGACACCUCCAAGUUCUUUAGAGUUAACACGAAGAAAGUCAUUUCAAGUAUUGUCGGGACCGGAUGAUAAGACAUCACCAACAAAAGAUGAAUCAGAAAAUUUGAAGACAAGUUGCGACGUGCCUAGUAUUGAACAAACAGAAACCCAGGAAAAGGUUUCUCCGGCGGUAUCAUUUUCAAAUAAAGAUAUCAUAAUUGAUAGCGAAGAAUCUAAAAACAAAGUUGACCAUUUAAUGGGGGAGUCUGUUGAUCACAGCUUAGAUCCAGAAACUGAUAAACAAAUACAAGAUAGCAUUUUACAAAAAGACAGCAGCGAAAGUAACGCAAUGAGUUCAGAAGAGAGGAGGAAAGACUUUGCAUCUACAACAGGCAGUAGUACUGAAAAUGCUCAAAGCAAUGAUAAAGGCUUGGUCUCGGUUCUUGAUGAUGAUGUUCUCGCGAGUGAUCGAGCUGUUCAGCAAGUUAUCUUGGAGAAUUUGUCAGAAGAAUUUGAUGUCGAUUUGGCAUUGCCGCAGUCAUCGCCCAAGAGAAACAGAAAAACCUCAAAAGAAAGCCAAGGCAGCAGUCGAAAGAGUAGUAUUUACGAAACGGAAAGUUAUAAAGUGUUAUCGGAUAUAGCAAGUGCACCUGAUGUGACAACUGGUAUUCUCAAGAAAACAUUUGUAAAAACAGAUGGUGAUGGUGUUUUGGAAGAUGGAGAAAUAAUUGAUGGUGACAGGCUAUCAAAAGAUGGUUACUUAGGUAGAGUUCCCAGUGUAAGUGAUAAUGAGGUUUAUAGCCAUAGUGAAGCAAAUGGACGAAGGAAACGGUUUCGAAAGAAGGGCAGGACGAAAAGUCGAUUGACUAUUAGAUCUAAAAGUGAAAAUUCUGAAAGAGGCUAUGAAUCUAGUGGUUUGAUGGAUUCAGGAUUUGAACCAAGUCCUAGGGCUAUUCAGCGCCGAAUUACAAGUCCUCGUCUUGCUGCAUAUUACCAACAAAGGAACGCUAGUGGUAGAUACUCGGGCAAAUCUGACAGUCGUAUACCGGUUCGAAAACCAGGAGAUAAAAACGCCGUUGAUAUGAAGUCGGUUACGCAGAGAAUCCAGACCAAUAUGAGAAGGUAUUAUUGCGAAAGAAAAAUAUUCCAACAUUUACUGGAACUCAAGCGGCUUCAAAUUAGAACAAGCAAAGCAAAUGAAGCAGUCCUCGUAAAAAGAGCCAUCGACGAAUACAAUAAAUCUAGCUUAGCUAACGUUGGGUUGGGUCCAUACAAUACCCCUGAUUUUUCCUUCAGCAGUUUUGAGAAAUUCCUUUAUGAGAGUUUGAGAAAACUGCAGAAAAGUGGCAAGAAACAUUUGGAUAAACUGCCAGAGAAGCCUUUUGAUUUUGAUUACGGAGAAAGUGAGCUCUAUAAAAUGAGUGCUAUUCCUGAUAACCCUUGUCUUUGUACUAGUAAGACCCAUAGAUGUUUCCAUGCAGUUCAUGCAUAUACUGGUAUACCAUGUUCAGCUUACAUACCGUACAAAUGGAAUCACCACACAAUGCCGAAACCUGCAACAGCAGGGCCGAGUUCCAAGUCAAAAGGAUUUCUUCCGAAAAUUAACUCCAAACCGCCACCAGGUACCGGUAAGGCGCACGUCACGCUAGAAGUCUCCCAUGGAACCGAGAAGCAGUUAAUAGCUUUACCAGCAGAGAAACUGGAUAAGAACAAACGAUACUACGUCACUUUUACUGUAAAAGGUUCAGAGCCGACGUCAGACAAUGACAAUUCUUCUCCAAGCGCGACGUUAAACACCAAGAGUGUAAGGACUGGAUGAUUCUGAUAAAAGUUACGUUAUAAAAACAAUUUCCUGCUGAUCACUGCCAGCUAUCAAGUAAGAAUGAUGUAAGUGCAAGAUGCUGUUAAAAAUAUAAAUAACGAUUCAAGUGAUUAGACUGAACGAAGCCGUCCACUGUGAAAAAGCGAUAUUUAUUUUUAUAAAUCGAAAGAGAAGUAUAAAUAUUAUAAUGUAUAUGGAAAAGAGUCUCUAUUGCAAUAAUGUCUAUACAUAGAUAUAAGAAUCUAAAUGUUGUGUAGUCUUCCCGUUAAAGCGUUGUUAUGCACUGAUACAAUCUUGAAGAUUAUAAUUCAAACGACGAUUGUUGUCUGCACAAAGUAUUUUGACAUAAUACUCAACAGUAUUAAAUUAGU